AUGAAGCGCAUCGAUGCCAUCGCAAAGAACUAUGUCUUUAGUGUGUCCGUCUUCACCACUGCGGCGAUGUCUGCUGUGGUGCUUCGACUGUGGCCUCCGUGGCAGUUCUACCUGGGUUCCAGCAUUUGUGUCGCUGGGUGCAUCACUUCGGAAGGUGUCUGCCGUAUGUCGUGUUAG